GUCAAAUGUGAAAGAAAAUCGUUUACAAGUCCUGUACUUCCAACCAAAAACAAUCCACACCAGACAAACGUAAACAUUCGUCUGCAUUAUCUGUUAGUGAAAGUUCUGUUAUAGUUUUCGGGAUGCUGUAAACAAUGCAAUCGAUGGCCCAAAACAAUUGCAAAACAGUUUGUCCGCCUAAAGGCGCACAGAAUUAACGAAAAAACAGUGUAGUGCGUUAGAGAAAAGCGUUAAAAAUGCUCUUUGCUACAUACAGUAAACCAUGUUCGAUGGUGUGUGCGUACAGAGUGAGACAGCAAGAUGUAAUAUAGAGCAACGCAUCUUGAAGAUCGCCCACCCCAUCACGAUGGGUGGUGGAAGAACGCAUUGCCGAUGACGUCACAGCAGUAAUACCACAACACUUCACGCGUCGCUGUGACUUCUCCACGUUCACUUUUCAUCAUGAUAGAUGCUGGCUAGAGCGAACAAAGUUUCUCCCCAAAAACCCACCCGGCCGCACUUCUGCUCGAUCUAGUAUCCACCGCCUCCCCCACAACAAAACUACCCCCCCGGAACCCACCCCUCGUACUGUGCAGUAAAAUGCCCGCCGUGAGUUACUUUGUCUACUGUGCGGCAACACAACCGGAGCGACUCCAUCAUCGCCAUCAUCAUCCACACGGUACGAUUCUCCACGAUUCUCGUCGCUCUCGCAGCGUCGAGCUCUCUUCACGCCCGUCACUAUCGCACGCUCCAGCCACACACAAAAAAACGUGCGUGUAUGUUGCGUAUGAGCACGCGAGAGCCGUGAACGGAAACGCGAGAGAAACCGCGCAAUUGUCCGUGUAAGCGGCGGCGCGCGCGCGCGCGCCCGUGUAAGGCCGCGUGUGUGUACUUGGAGAAGAAAUACACAAAGUGCCGCUGAGCUGCGCAACCGAACCCGGUCCAUAUCGCAUUCGUGGGUUGGCACAAUUUUUUUCCUGCUUGCUUCAGUCCACGAGCGAUAGAGAAACGGUGCGGAUAUAGAGCUGGUCGUCGUCGCGGUUACGUUUUUGGGACGUUGUGCGUCGCGUAAUCCCCGAAAGAGAGUGAAACCAAAAGAAAAGUGCAAGUUCGAACAGAAGGAAAAUCGAUCAGUAGCAGUGGUGCAGGAAACGUGUGGUGUUGUGUACGUUUCUCCCAACAAAGAAAUAAAAAACCAACUGUCGAUCUGCCACGAUCGAGAAGUGAUCGACGAAACCGCACUAAACAGCAACAAUGUGCUCAACCAAUCAACCACCGUAAGCGAGGGUGGGAGGUUUAGUUCGAGUUCGGAUGAGAGAAAUAAAACAAACUAAUGUAGUAAACGCAACGCACACGAACAACGGAAAAAAUACAUUCGCCCCCGGGGUGGGUUCCUUACGCUGGGUUUUUGGUGUUUAUGAUCGUCAUGCCGUGUCAGUGUUGCUUUACACGUUUUGCUUAGCACAGAACAGACACGAAAAAUAAUCGCGUUGCAUUCGGGCCGCGACUUGAUCAUCCCGCAGCUGUAAGCUGCCCGCCAGAUAGUGUGGCGUAAAACGUAAACAAAAAACAACCUUCCAAACACUCUCACACACACAAACACACACACGUGCAAGUGAUACGGGAAGAUGACGGAGGUGGUAAAUAAUGUUACAACAAAACAUCAGCGAGAGGAGCAAAAAAAGCACACCACACAUCAUCUUCAUUAGCCGCAGCAGCGGGCAAGAUUAUCAGCAAUAGCAGCAGUCUCGGGCCGUAUCAACUGAAGCAUCCAGGCAGAGACGCAAACGCGGGAGUUACCGCGGGUAAUUCGGUGCCGGGAGCAAAGGAACCGGCGAAGGAAACGGUGGGCCUGUGGGCCUACAUUUGUCCCUGCACGGUCGCGUACGAUCGCAGUCGGCAUCCGUCCUUCGAGCGGCCACGAUCGCGAAAACCGAAAGGAAUCGUAAACGAACAGCACCGUUUGCUGGUGGCGUGUGUAGAAGUUCAUUUUUUCCUUAGACAUUCAGCACAAUACAUCCAUCGGGUACGUAUGGUGUUGCGUACACGCAAGUGAAAAACACAAGGAUAAAGGGGAAAAAACAAAUAAAAGUAACAAUUAAAACAUACACGCAAUCAAAACGCAGUGUUGUCGUGAACGUGACUGUACAAGCGAGAGUGUGUUACAAGCCGGCAGCAAAACACUCAGGCUGUAAGCGAUCGCGAGCGGCAAAACGCGAGUGACCGGCGAGUGAGUGAAUCGAGAUUAUUUACCCAUUUCCGUUUGUGUCCUCAGCAAAACGUUAAUGGCCGGUUGGUGCUCGUGACGGGUGGUGUACAAACUGCAAACUCCGUGCGUGCAUCCGUGCGUGACGGUAUAUAAAACGCAACAAAAAAAUAUCGUCCUUACCGAGCGGGCGGGAAACAAAACCGGACGAUCGUUGUGAGCUGUCAAACGAUUUGGCUCUCUCACUGGCCCUCUCACCAGCCAGCCAGCUCACAUUGGGCUUCGCGGUGAGCAUUACAGCGCAGACCGACCGACCGACCGCGGCCGACGCAAUUCCGUGGGUCGUGUACCAGUGCGUCGCCUUCAUUGGCGACCAAGACUUACCGUCCUCAGUCUCGUUUUCAGACUCGGCGACCAAGGCGGCGAACGUUCGUUUGGCGCUCGCGUCCCGAAAACGCACAGAAGGCACAAUUCAUCGUACGGAUGCUGAGAAGUGUGAUAAUUAAAAAAACUUAUCAAUUCUUUAAAACUAUUCCGCCACCAACAACUUACUAAUUGCACGCUAGUGAAGUGAAAGUGAAAGUGAAAUUUUACUCCAAAGGAAAGAAGUUAGUUGUGUCUUCAGAACAAAAACCGCAACCAAACUGCACGCGUUCUUGGGCCGGUAAAACGUUUACAUUGCUCCACGUGCGUGAGUGCAACCAGCGUUGAGGGUUGCAAACCCCCUUUUUGUGCAUGUGCGUGCACGGACAGACGUUGCAUAAGUUCGACUUUGCUUUGCCAUCGGGCAAAACACAACCUCGCUCUCGUUUCUGGUUUUCCACCCUCAAAUUAAAAAAAUAAAUAAAAAUAAAACCAAAGCAAAAGGGCCACCUGGGUGGGUAAGUGGGGAGCCCUGCUGGUGGGAGAUUGUUCCAUCAUCGUGUCGGAUCGGUGCAUCGGCUUUUUUUUUGUGUGUUGCGGCCACGCAAAAAUAGCCCCAAAAAAAAAGCCGCGAAUUGGUGUCAACCUGUGGCCCGCGCGCGCGCGGUUGUGUGAGAGUGUGUUCGAUAGUGAAAGUGAGUUUUAUUGUGGGAAGCUUCAAACUUCACCAAGUGAAGUUUGGAAAAAACCUCCGAAAAUAAUUUCCCCCCCGCCCAUUCGGGGUUUUUUUUUUUGGGUGAUUGCGUCUAAGCCAGUACUGCAUUUUCUUGUUGCUGUUGCGUUCGUUGCAUUUAGCAGAAGGACCGAGUUGUGCAGUGAGAGUGUAUUCGGUAGGAAUGUUGAGUGGAAACGUUCCUUUUGCUUGGUGUUUAACAAAAAUUAGGAAUUGAAGUGCCGGAAGGUGACCGGACGGGAGUGUAAAAAAUAGAAGCCUAACGCACGAUCGUGUAACUCUACUUUCAUCGAAACCGACGUCAAAAAAAACGGCACAAAAAUGGUCGCGAAAGGUGUCCGAAAUCAGUAUCUAGCAACGUACUGUGCGAAUCUCGCCACACUUAUCUACGGUCUGUCGAUAGGAUGGCUCUCGCCCAACCUAAUCCUGAUGUCCUCGGACGAGACGCCACUGGUGACGGGUAAGAUCAGCAGCGAGGAACAGGGCACGGUCGGUUCGAUCGGUACGAUCGGCUGCAUGUUGGCACCGUUGGUGUGUGGCUGGGUAGCGGAAAUUGCUGGCCGAAAGUCGGCACUGAUGCUGAUCGGUGUUACACAGCUGAUCAGCUGGGCCGUCAUGCCAUUCGCUACCAAACUGUCCGUCAUCUAUGCGUCCCGCAUUUUCGGUGGAUUUGCCGGCGGUGGAACGUUGUCCAUAGUGCCAUUGUUCGUGUCGGAAAUAUCGGAAGAUAGAAUACGAGGAACACUUGGUACGAUGCUCGCCAUCUCAUGCAAUUUUGGAAUCCUGCUCGGUUUCAUCAUAUCUCACUACGUUAAUUGCUGGGCCGUGACGUACCUGGCGCUGCUACUGUGCGUGGUUUACUCGCUCGGUUGCUGCUUCUUGCCAGAAUCUCCACAGUAUCUGUUUGUCAAGAAGAAGAAGGAGAAAGCGAUAAAGGCGCUGCGGUUCUAUCGCGGAGAGGAACCGGAAAGUGAAACAUCACAAUUUACCGCUGAAGUGGCACGCUUUAAGGACAUCCAUAAUGUUGGUCCGCUCAAGAAGAAGGACUCCAAUCAGAUACACAUCAAAGAUUUCCUGACGCGAUCGCGCUGGAAGCCGAUCCUGAUCUGCGUAAUAGUGAUCAUGUUCCCGGCCGGUUCCGGUUCGAUACCGCUCAUCACGUACACGGCCACCAUCUUCCAGGAGUCCCAGUCGAACCUCAGUCCGGCGAUGUCAUCCAUCGUGGUCGCUACGUUGCAGCUGAUCGGUUCGUACGUCUCAACGAUGACGGUCGAGAAGGCGGGCCGCCGGGUGCUGCUGGUUGUGUCAACGCUCGGCUGUGCCGUCUGUACCAUCACGAUGGGUACGUACACCUUCCUCCAGGAGAUGCACGUCGAGGUGGACUGGUUCCGGUGGGUACCGGUCGCCAGCAUGUCCGCGCUAGUCUUCAUCAAUGCCAUCGGUAUCGGUAUUGUGCCAUUCAUCAUCAUGACCGAGAUCCUGGACCCGAAGAUCCGCGGCUCGGUCGUCACCUUCUGCCUGCUGGAGUUUUCCGGCGUCGCGUACCUAGUCGUCAAGUACUUCCCGAUCGCGGUCGAGCAGCUCGGGAUGUACGCGUGCAUGUGGUUCUUCUCCUGCUGCUGCGUCGCUUCCGCCACCUUCGUCCUUACCUGCAUGCCGGAAACGAAGGGCAAGAGCUUCGAGCAGAUCUCCGAAUCUCUGAACGGUGGCAAGAAGGCAGGCCACAAGGAUGUCGCCCCGACGCCCGUCCCAGGUGUGGGUCAGUAUCGCAACGGUGCGUGCCCCAAGCGCAAGUUCUCCGUGUGUCCGUCGUGUUUGGGUCCGAACCCAUCCGCGCCUCAUCAUAAUUGCAGCAUGUUUUUGGAAUUUCUAUCACGCCGAUACUGGAAACAGUUCGCUGCCAUCGCGGCCGUUCACAUCAUCACGGCCAGCUAUGGAGUGACGGUUGGAUGGCCUGCACCGAUCAUUCCGUUGUUGCGAUCUCCGGAUACACCGCUGCCAAGUGGACCAGUGACAGUGGAGGAAGCGUCCUGGAUUGGGGCCACUCUCUGCAUCGGUGGUACGAUCGGCACGAUAUUGUUUGCCCUCAUCCAUACGUACUUCGGCAAGAAGGUGGCUUUACUGCUUAUACCCGUGCCACACAUCGUCCUGUGGACUUUAAUUCUUAUCGGUGACAAUGUGUGGUAUAUCUAUGGGGCACGCUUCUGCAGUGGUCUUACUGGAGGUGGUGUGGUCAGUGUUAUACCACUGUACAUUGCUGACAUUGCGGAUAAGAAGAUUCGUGGAACGUUAGGAUCGCUGACGAUAAUUUUCAUCAAUAUUGGGCUUGUGUUCAUCUACGCAGCAGGGAACUAUCUGCCGUACUAUGUCAUACCGAAGAUCAUGCUUGUAGCACCGGUAGGGUACCUAAUUCUCGUGAGCUUUCUACCAGAAACGCCAUAUUGCUUGUUGCGCAAGGGUCGGCUACUAGAGGCGGAACAGUCCCUCAUGUUCUAUCGGAACAUACCCGACGAACGUCACCGUACGGUUGAGUUCACAACGGAGUUUGACGAAAUGCGAAGCUUUAUCCUAACGGAAAGCACACAGUCCCGAAUCUGUUGGGCUGAUUUCACUACACCGGAAGCGAAACGAGGCCUCUUCAUAGGUGUGUUUGUGAUGGCACUGAAUCAAUUCAGUGGCAUCUUCGCCAUCCUCACGUAUGCCGGCACAAUCUUCCAGAUGUCCGGUACGGGGAUAGACCCGAACGUGGCACUAGUUCUUGUUGCUGUGAUUAAUAUUUGUGGCAAUAUCACCUCCUUUACCGUCAUCGAUCGUGUGGGCCGGAAGAUAUUGCUGCUUCUAUCUGCAUCAGGCGUCGGGUUGGCACUAGCCGUACUUGGGGUUCACUCGUAUCUCCUCGUCAACGGCUAUGAUCUGCAGGGUGUCGAAUGGUUGCCAGUGUUGGCACUGUCAUUAACACUCUUCCUAGCCGCUAUCGGUAUUACUAAUGUUCCUUUCUUUAUCGUACCGGAAGUGAUGCCAGCGAAACUGCGCAGUAUCGGAAGCACCAUUAGCGCCACAUUGCUGUGCAUGUUUGCGUUCGUUUGCGUCAAGCUGUACCCCAUUCUGAUGGAGACCAUCCACAUCCAUGGUACGGUUUGGAUAUCUUCGGCUGUUUGUGCAGUCGGUGUGUUCGUGAUCAUCUUCCUUAUACCCGAAACAAAGGGGAAAAACUUAAACAUACAAAGCGAAACCAAACGAUGAUUCUUAAUUUUUAUGUCAUUCAAGCACAGUACAAAUAAUGCGUUCUAUAUUUUCUUUCUGUUGAGAUUGUAAAUUUUAUUCCUAAUAAAAUUAAUUUCUAGUACUAUUCAUUGUAAA